UGUUAUGGUUCAAUAUGCUAUGCAGCUAAUUUCAAGUACACCUUCUGAUAUAUGCAAAUAAAACGUAGUAUCAUCAAUCCAUGACAAAUUUCUUUGAAGUCUGUGUGUGUUCUGAGUUUUGCUCGGGUUUCCCGGUGGGAAAUUGCGGCUUAGGUUUCCGAAACGCGAAAGAGUUUGGUUCAAGCUGGUUUUCUUCUUUUUAUUUUUUCGCCCUUAUUCUCGCCUUACCGUUCAUCGUUUUCAAUACCAUGUCAUCUUUGCCUUCCUCCAGAGUAGAAGCUAUAAAGAUUCUGAAAGAUGAAGCCGAUCGAAGAAUAAACGAUAUCCGUCAACGCGUCGAGUUCGUCUGUUCAUCUCUACGCGCCCAGGGAAACAUGCAGGUCAAUCAAUUAUUGCGUUCCGUACGGCAACUGAGCAUGGAGGAAUACUGCAACAGUUACGGUGCAGACACGCAAUUGUUUCUGAAGGAGCAAAUGCGAAAGCGUAAACUAGGCGACUUUAGGGCAGAAGCAAAGAGUCGCUCGAGGACAAAACGCGUGAAAUCCACGUCGGUCGAUCAAUCGUCCAACUUCAAAUCAUCGUCCGAACCUCGCUCCUCCAUCGAUACUACUACUUCGACGUCAAGCUCAUCGUCCAGGGAUGCCCAAAGCACUGAAACGACGACCCGACUCCGUCAACAAGACACCAAGUCAACAUCUGUCGAUUCCGAUGCAAGCCGAAACCAACCAGUGAUGCUUGGUAACCAACAACGUGAACAAAGCGACGCAGUGACACAUGAACCAACUGAAGCCUCAGCUCAUAACCAGGAGAGCGCUGCUUCUGCAAGUGCAGACGAAUCCAACAACGAGGAAUAUGAAAGUGGACCAAUCUUUGUGCAUCUUGCUCGUUCGAAUCAUCCUCGCGUUGCUAUUCAGCUGGAUCCUCAGCAAGAACUUGAAUCUAUCGGUCAUUUUGAAUUAAAAGUGGCAGAGGAGAUGAUUUAUCGGUUAAGCAACAAUCAACGGCGACGAUUGCGCGAUCAGAUUGAUGAUAUUCAGGAGCAACUAGACAAAUUGAGAUCGUAUACCUAUUCUACAUCGAAGACAGCUAAACGCUAAAAUUAUUCCAUCCUAUUUCGGUAAUUUUCGAUCGGCUAUCCGUGGUCUCCUUUUCGU